CCACCGUCCUCUCUGGAAGAUGGCCGAGCGUGGGUCCAAGUCGGUGCUGUUCGUAUGUCUGGGUAACAUUUGCCGGUCACCCAUUGCAGAAGCAGUUUUCAGAAAAUUAGUAACUGAUGGAAACAUUUCAAUUAAUUGGAGGAUAGACAGUGCGGCUACAUCUACCUAUGAAGUGGGGAACCCCUCUGACUAUCGAGGGCAGAGCUGCAUGAAAAAGCAUGGCAUCCCCAUGAAUCACAUUGCUCGGCAGAUUACCAAAGAAGACUUUGCUACAUUUGAUUAUAUACUGUGUAUGGAUGAAAGCAAUCUGAGAGAUCUGAAUAGAAAAAGUAAUCAAGUUAAAAACUGCAGAGCUAAAAUUGAGCUACUUGGGAGCUAUGAUCCACAGAAACAGCUCAUUAUUGAAGAUCCCUAUUAUGGCAAAGACUCUGACUUUGAGCUGGUGUAUCAGCAAUGCCUCAGGUGCUGCAAGGCCUUCCUGGAGAAGACUCACUAGCUGGUCCCACCACCAUCUAGCAACUCAUCCACAGUGUGUACCCAAGGGUGGUGAUGAUCCUUAGCCCCAUGCCCCACCUGUUUUUUCAGCUGACUUAAUGUUUAUCUUAAAAAAUAAUUAUAAGUAGAAAUUAGUUAUAUUUUCAAAAGAAUAAAAAUGAGUAAGACAGUUUGAGGUGUAGUUAAGAUUCUUAGGUUAGUUGAACCUAUCACCUUGCCCUAAUUACAAAAUAGUGGAACAAGAAGAUAGGGAGCAAAACAAAACACAGUAAUAAAGUAAGAGUGACCUGCAGGUCCGUGUCAGCCUCUGAGUCCAGCAAGACCUGGAUACUCUGUUCUACCUGGAGGGGUGCAUGGCCAGCACCCAGGGGUGCCCUGUGCUCACCUUACACCUCUCUGUCCUAAGCUUUCAUAGUGACAGUAGUCAUGAGUUCCUCAGCUAUAUAGGUUUCAAAUAAAAACCAAAAAUAAUAAAAUAUAGGAGCAACAGAUUGGUAGAAUUAAUAUUUUCCACCCCUACUUGUUUUUUGUCUAGUUUUCUGAGCUUUUUGUUCCUAUUUGAGCCACUCUGCUUCUAAAAAAGUUGAGAAAAGUCAUAUUAUGUUGAUAUACUUAAAUAGAGGUAUGUUCAUAAGUGUUCUUUCAUCAUUUUAAAAAGUUGCAGGCAAACAGAAGUAAUUUUAGUGUACUUUCAGAUAGCUGACCUCAAAUUCAUAUGGCUGUGUCAGGAAUGAUUGUAAAAUAAACCAGGGCAUUAAAUAGAACUGAGAUACAUGUCUGGUGUCUCCCUGCUUUGUUACUGACAAGUAAAAAAUAUUCAAAAAAA